CGCACCCGCCAGGCCUUCGCCGCCAGCCGCGCCCGCACCGAGAAGCCCGGCCAUGGCCGCGCCUGCCGCGGUGUCCUCGGUGGGCGACGUGGUGUCUGAGGCUGAGAACUCCGCGGAGCCCGAGAACACCUAUGUUCUGCGGCCUGUUUUCCAGCAGAGGUUCAGGCCCUCUGUGGUUAAAGACUGCAUCCAUGCUGUGCUCAAGCAGGAACUGGCAAGCGCUGAAUAUGCUCCGGAAGAGACGCCGCAGCUCACAAAACAUUUAUCAGAAAACAUUAAAGAUAAAUUAAAAGAAAUGGGGUUUGACCGAUACAAAAUGGUGGUGCAAGUGGUGACUGGAGAACAAAGAGGUGAAGGAGUAUUACAGUUUAUUCUGCAUUGUAGCAGCAUUUGGCUGUUUCUACUACUGAAUAGAUUUUUGAAAAGCUGGGAAAAGAUGUGACCAUGAAGAAACCUGAUCUUUUUAAUAUUGUUAAAUAUCUUGAUGAAAUAAAGAUGUUAGUAGUUUGA